AUCUACGCCAUGCAGUUAUUCAAGAAACGCUCCAAUCCUCCGGAACAUCGCUCCCUCCGGUUCCAGUUAGCACUCCUCCGAUCCCUCGGACUUUGGGGUAACCGUCGGCAGAUGUACAAGUACGGUUUCCUUGUGUUCAACAUAGUGGCUUUGAUUAUUCUACCGAAAGUAGUCUUCGGUGCCGGGAAGGAAGGUUUCGACACUUUUGUGAGGAAUGUGGCCGAGUUGAUAUUCGAAAUCGAAAAUAGCGUCUCGGUUGCAAUUUUUGUCCUCAGGCGGGAUCGGUUCGAGCGAUUGGUGGCAGUGCUGGAGAACAUGUUGAACCGCGACUGGCCGGAGGAAUUGAACAAGGACAUAGACGAGUUCACGGCACAGAGGGACAAGUUUGGCCGGCACUAUUGCUUUUACAUACUGGUUCUGGCGAUUUUCUUCACACUUGCACCAAUCGUGUGCAGUGUAGUGCAACUGCUUUCCGUUGAUACGGAGAACGACUUUUUUCUUGGUUUCGAGUUGGACUUUUACUGGCUCAACGUUCGUACCAAUUUUGGUCAUUAUAUAUUCUACAUGUUGACUUUCUACAUAAGUAGUGUGGUUAGCUCCGCUCUUCAUAACACGCUGAAAGGAGCGGUAUUUGUGGUUUUGAUCCAAUAUGGGGCGAAGGUCUUCGACCUGGUGUCGAAACGCAUCGAUCUAGCGACUAAAAUUGAGAACCAGGACGACCGUAUUAAGGAGUUAGGCGAAAUAGUGGAGCUGCAUUGUCUUGCUCUGGAAUAUGUUGACAAUCUGGAAGCCACUCUUUGCUUUGUUUUGAUGAACCAGAUAUUGUUUUGUAUCCUGAUGUGGUGCUUGAGUAUGCUAUACAUGUCGGAUAACUUUGGCCCAAACGUUGGAAACGUGUUGAUACUGUUUUCGGUUCUUUUGUAUGAAAUAACUGUGUACUGUAUCAACGGGACGAAUUUGAGUGAGAAGGCAGCUCAGGUGGCAGAUGCUAUAUACAGCUUCCCCUGGUACGACGAGAAGACAUCCGUGCAGAAGAGCGCUAUCCUUAUCAUUCAGAGGGCCCAGAAGCCGACCGGAAUCACGGCAGCCAAAUUCUAUUAUAUCAAUGUUGAAAGACUGUCCAUUAUCGUUCAGGCAUCAUUCUCGUACUAUCUUAUUCUGAAGGAGCGCUUUUAAAAAAUUAGAACGGACACUCUCAUAGACAUUAACGAACGCUUCAAUGCACACGGUACAUGACAAAAAACCCACACUUAUUGUUCCUUAUAAAAUCAUACACGUUGAUUUUGACAGUCGCAUGAAGCGUUACUGUCACACCACUCAAGCAUUGACAAUUGUUC